AUGCUUAUUAAUUAUUAUUCUAGUAUACUCAUGUACAAAUUAUUCAUAUUCAAUUCCCUACACAUCUUUUCACAAAACAUAUAUACCAACCACAAUAAUACCAAAAUCCAAAUAUAUCUAUAAAUAUACAUGCACAAAUAUUCAAACAAAGCAAAGGGUGUUCCAUAUACAUCUUGUGCUACUUGUUGUUCUAAGAAGCUUCACCUAAACCAUGAGUUCUCCGACGAAAUCGCCGGAGAAGAAGCAGUCGAUAAGGAUAAUAUUCCGGUAUGCCGAUUGGUUCGACAAAUUGCUCAUACUAUUGGGCACACUUGGAGCCAUUGGUGAUGGAGCUUCUACAAACGUUUUACUACUUUUUGUUAGUCGUUUGUUUAAUCAUUUGGGUUAUGGUAGAGGUGUUCAACACAACCCGAAAAACUUCAUGAACGAAAUCGGAGAGUGUAGUUUAGCUUUUGUGUACAUUGGAUUAGGAGUUAUGUUGAUGGCUUUUAUGGAAGGGUAUUGCUGGAGUAAAAUAAGCGAACGACAGGUUUUGAAGAUUCGAUACAAGUAUCUGGAGGCUAUUUUGAGACAAGAAGUUGGUUUUUUUGAUUCACAAGAAGCAACAACUUCAGAAAUCAUCAAUAGCAUUUCUAAAGACACCUCACUCCUACAAGAAGUCCUUAGUGAAAAGGUGCCAAAAUUCUUGAUGCACACAUCAGUGUUCUUAUCAGGACUAGCAUUUUGCACAUACUUCUCAUGGAGACUGUCACUAGUCGCUUUUCCGACGCUAAUAUUCUUAAUAAUCCCGGGCCUUAUUUAUGGAAAAUACCUCUUAUUUUUGUCUAAAAAAUCGUUCCAAGAGUACGCUAAGGCGAACAGUAUCGUGGAACAAGCUCUUGCUUCUAUAAAAACCGUCUAUUCAUUCACUGCUGAAAAGACGAUUGUCAAUAAGUACUCAACGAUCUUGGACCGCACAACGGAAAUGGGAUUGAAGCAAGGCAUUGCUAAAGGUCUCGCGGUUGGGAGUACCGGGCUUUCUUUCGCGAUAUGGGCUUUGGUCGCUUGGUAUGGAAGCCGUUUGGUUAUGUAUAAAGGCGAAAGUGGCGGGCGGGUUUAUGCAUCCGGGCUUUCUUUCAUUUUGGGUGGAUUAUCACUUGGGAUGGCAUUACCAGAACUGAACCACUUCACAGAAGCAUCAGUAGCAGCAUCAAGAAUAUUCCAUAGGAUCGACCGAAUCCCAGAAAUCGACGGUCACGACAACAAUGGGCUUGUACCCGACACGAUUAACGGUCAGAUCGAAUUCGAAAACAUCGAAUUCACAUACCCUUCAAGGCCAAACUGCAUUAUUCUCAAAGAGUUUAACUUGAAAAUCGAAGCGGGAAGCACCGUUGCUCUUGUGGGUGCAAGCGGGAGUGGUAAAUCGACCGCCAUUGCUUUAGUUCAACGGUUUUAUGAUGCAGAUCGCGGUGUUGUUCGGGUUGAUGGGUUGGAUAUAAAGAAACUGCAGUUGAAAUGGUUGAGAGCACAAAUGGGGUUGGUUAGUCAAGAACACGCGCUGUUUGGAACGUCGAUUAAGGAAAAUAUAAUGUUCGGAAAGAUUGAUGCAACCAUGGAGGAGGUUAUCGCGGCUGCAACGGCUGCUAACGCUCAUAAUUUCAUCCGCCAGCUUCCCGAAGGAUACGAAACAAAGGUUGGCGAAAGAGGGGCGCUUUUAUCCGGUGGACAAAAGCAAAGGAUCGCUAUAGCUCGAGCGAUCAUCAAGAACCCGGUGAUUCUUCUUCUAGAUGAAGCUACAAGUGCACUUGAUUCAGAAUCAGAAAAGCUUGUUCAAACAGCUCUUGAUCAAGCUGCCAUGGGAAGAACAACAAUGGUUGUCGCACAUAAGCUCGCGACGAUACGAAAUGCAGAUGUGAUUGCCGUUAUGAGCGAAGGCAGUGUAAUCGAACAAGGUUCACAUAACGAUUUGAUCAAUAGCAACACGGGUCAUUACGCUCGAUUAGUCAAACUUCAAAGGCAAUUCAGUUCAUUUAACGAACACGAGAAUAGCACCCCGGUGGCGGUAAGAAGCAGUGCUUCAAGGUUAAGCACUUCUAAAUCGAGCCCGGCCCUGUUCGAUUCACCAAUGCCUUGUAAUGAUCCGCAGUCGUUAUCAUCAUCGAACUACCCUCCACCGUCGUUUUCUCGGCUCCUUUUGUUAAACUCGCCAGAAUGGAAACAAGGGUUGAUCGGUAGCCUUGCUGCCGCCGUGUUUGGGGCGGUGCAACCGGUUUACGCGUUGACAAUCGGAGGAAUGAUUUCGGCGUUUUUUGUACAGAAUCACGAAGAGAUGAACGCGCGAAUCAGAACUUAUUCGGUUAUUUUCUGUUCGCUUGCGGUCAUUUCGAUUCUAGUUAAUCUUUUACAACAUUAUAACUUCGCUUACAUGGGUGAACAAUUAACAAAAAGAAUCAGAUCAAAAAUGCUAGAGAAAAUUCUAACGUUUGAACCGGCUUGGUUCGACGAUGAAUAUAAUGCUAGCGGUGCGUUAUGUUCUAGACUAAGUAACGAAGCGUCAAUGGUUAAAUCGCUUGUGGCUGACCGGAUGUCAUUACUAAUCCAAACGGGCUCGGGUGUCUUAAUCGCGAUGAUUAUGGGUCUAGUCGUGGCGUGGAAGCUCGCACUUGUGAUGAUCGCGGUUCAACCACUCACGAUUCUUUGUUUCUACGCAAGAAAAGUAUUGUUGUCUACAAUGUCGGCUAACUUUAUCAAGUACCAAAAUCAAAGUACUCAGAUCGCUGUUGAGGCUGUUUACAAUCACAGAAUCGUGACUUCGUUCGGGAGUUUAGGGAUCGUUCUUCAGAUAUUCGAUAAGGCUCAAGAUGGGCCGAGAAAGGAAGCGAGAAAAAAGGCAUGGUUAGCUGGAAUAGGGAUCGGUCUGGCGCAAGGGUUAACGUUUAUUUGUUGGGCUUUGGAUUUUUGGUAUGGUGGGAAGCUGGUUGAUGCUGGGGAGAUAUCGGCUGGGGAUGUUUUCAAGACGUUCUUUAUAUUGAUCAGCACCGGAAAGGUUAUAGCUGAUGCUGGAAGUAUGACUUCUGAUAUCGCUAAAGGCUCCACAGCUGUUGCUUCCGUUUUCUCCAUUUUCGAUCGCCAGUCACUCAUCUCCAGCAAUGCUAAUCAUUCACAGGACGAAACCGAAUCCACCGGGGUAAAACUAGAAAAACUCAUCGGCGGAAUCGAGAUAAAGAAGGUAGAUUUCUCCUACCCAGGAAGACCCGAGACCCCAAUCUUGCGAGACUUUUGUUUAGAAGUAAAACCCGGAACAAGCAUCGGAUUGGUGGGUAAAAGCGGGUGCGGAAAGUCCACUGUAAUCGCAUUGAUCCAACGAUUCUACGAUGCAGAUAGAGGUACAGUGAAAGUUGAUCGAGUUGACAUACGAAUGCUGAAUAUUGAGUGGUACAGAAAGCAUAUGGCACUCGUUAGUCAAGAGCCUGUGCUGUAUUCUGGUACGAUUCGGGAUAAUAUUAUGUUUGGGAAGAUGGAUGCAUCGGAACAGGAGUUGAUUGAGGCUGCUAAAGCUGCAAAUGCUCAUACUUUCAUCUCAUCACUUAAAGAUGGAUACGACACCGAGUGUGGUGAAAGAGGUGUUCAACUAUCAGGAGGACAAAAACAAAGGAUCUCGAUUGCUAGAGCGAUUAUUCGAAACCCAACAAUAUUACUAUUGGACGAGGCUACAAGCGCCCUGGAUGUCCAAUCGGAGCAUGUUGUUCAAGAGGCAUUGGAUCAGAUUAUGGUGGGAAGGACAACGGUCGUGGUGGCGCAUAGGUUAAACACAAUUCGAAACCUUGAUUCCAUUGCUUUCGUUUCUGAAGGAAAGGUUGUCGAGCAAGGAACUUUUAAUCAACUCAAGAAUAAGAAAGGGGCGUUCUUCGAACUAGCUAAUAUUCAAAAAGCUUGAGUAUUAUCUUGAUUAUAUAUGUAAAUUUUUAGUAACGAGUGUCGUGAUAACUAGAGGCACGCACUUGUAAUUGUGUAACCGUUAGGUAGUGUGGUUUUACGCUGAUAAUUAAGAUGCAAGAUCUAGAAGAUAGGGGCUUGAAUCUGAACUAUUUUUAAGUAAAAUUUUAGUAUUUGUGCUAUGGAUGUUGGAAUCUUUUCUUUUUAGACAUUUUAUCAAGCACGUUGCG